AUGUCAUUCACGGGAAAGGUCGUCGCCAUCACGGGCGCUGCUUCGGGAAUUGCACUGGCUCUUGCAAGAUUUCUCGCAUCCGAGGGAGCAAAACUGUCGAUCGCGGAUGUCCAAAAGAAGGCUCUGAACAAUCUGAUCGACGAACUGAAGGCGCAAGAUGUUGAGGUGAUGGGAACCGUCAUGGAUGUUACUUCGAGCUCUGCGGUAAAUGACUGGGUUGCCGCGACCGUCAAAAGGUUUGGAGCGUUGGACUGUGCCGCAAACAUUGCAGGCAUCGAGCUGGGUUUUACCGAUCUCAUGGAUCUUGAGGAUGCAACGUGGGACAGAAUCAUUGCUGUCAACCUCACAGGGGUAAUGUACUGCGUUCGAGCACAGAUCCGGGUGAUGAACAGCGGCGGGAGCAUUGUCAAUGCCGCCUCUCUUGCAGGCAUCAUGGGUCGUCCAGGAAUUGGCGCCUAUGCUUGCUCGAAGCAUGGCGUCGUAGGUUUGACCAAGACUGUAGCGAAGGAGGUCGGUGGAAGAGGGAUCCGAGUGAAUGCCGUUGCACCGGGCCCUAUUCAGACACCUAUGCUUGAUUCACUCCUAGGAGGAUCGUCUGCUACGUCUUCYACCACGACAUCUACAUAUUCAAGCCUUCCUCUCAAGAGAAAAGGCGAACCUGAAGAGGUAGCGAAGACGAUAGCUUUCCUACUUGGUGAUCAUGCUUCCUUCAUCACCGGCUCGAUUUUGAGCGUCGACGGCGGUGCUGCGGCAUAA